AUGAUCACUAAGUUCUACCAGCAUCUGCUAGCCUUGGUCUUUGCUGUAAAUGAGAUCAAUAAGGAUACCCACAUUUUGCCCAAUGCCACCCUUGGAUGCCAUAUUUAUGACAGCUAUUAUGAUGCAAGGUCAGUCUAUCGCAAUAUCUUGGAUCUGCUUUCCAAAGCUGACCGGUUUGUCCCCAACUUCCAAUGUGGGAUGGAGAAAAAUGUCAUAGCUGUCAUUGGAGGGAUUGGCCAUGAUGUUUCCAUGGGCAUGGCAGACCUCUUGAGCCUCUACAAAAUCCCACAGAUUACCUACGGCUCUUUUGUCCCAGAAAAGACAUAUAAAACUCCUUCCUUUUACCGCAUUGUCCCUAAUGAAGCCCAUCAAGUUUUGGGGAUGAUCCAAGUAUUACAACAUUUCGGAUGGACUUGGGUUGGCCUUUUCAUUGUAGAUGAUAACAGUGGAACGCUUUUCCUGCAAAGCUUGCAGGUCUUGUUUUCCAAGAAUGGGAUCUGUUCAGCUUUCAUCGAAAGACCUCCAAAACAAGCUUUUAUUUACAAGUAUGAAGACACAUUGGAGACAGCUGAAAAAUAUAACCUACACAUGAUGCAAGGAAAAGCAAAUGUCUUUAUCGUUUAUGGAGAAACGAGUUCCUUUAUUUGGUUGACCUUAAUGAUAGAAACAGUCAGUAGUCUACCUGAAGAACUUAUUCCUGGUGGGAAAGUGUGGAUCAUGACUGCCCAGAUUGAUUUUGCAUUAAUGAGUUUCCAGCAAGGCUGGCGUUUGCAAAAGUUUGGGGGAGCCAUUUCUCUGACAGUUCAGUCCAAUGAAGUUCAGGGAUUCCAUACAUUUCUUCAGAGGCUUCAACCAUUUGAGACGCAAGGAGAUAUCUUUCUCAAGGAUUUUUGGGAACAAACGUUUGGGUGUCUUUUCACAAAUUCCACUGGAACAUUGAACGUCAAUAAGACAUGUACUGGAGAGGAAAAGCUGGAGCGUCUUCCCGGUUCUUUUUUUGAAAUGGCCAUGGCUGCUCAUAGUUACAGUAUUUAUAAUGCCAUCUAUGCUGUGGCACAUGCUCUACAUAAAAUCUCUUCAACUCAGCUGAAAAGGAAAACAAAGAUGGAUCACCAAGAUUUUAGUCUUCAGAAACUAAAGCCCUGGCAGAUACGGCCUGUUUCUGUGUGCAACCCUUCCUGUCUUCCUGGUUUUUGGAAAGAAAAGAAAGAAGGAGAAAAAUUUUGCUGUUUCAACUGUGUUCCAUGCCCAGAAGGGAAAAUUUCAAACCAGAAAGAUAUGAAUGACUGCUUCAAAUGUCCAGAGGAUCAAUAUCCAAGCAGACAGCAUGACCACUGCGUUCUCAAAACUAUAAUUUUCCUAUCUUAUCAAGAUCCCCUAGGAGCUUGUUUAGCAUUUCUUGCUCUAUUUUUUUCCCUUCUCAUACUUUUCUUGCUAGGAAUUUUCAUCAAGCACAGAGAUACUCCAAUUGUCAAAGCGAACAAUAGAGAACUCACUUACACCCUCCUUGGAUUCCUCCUUCUUUGUUUUCUCUGCUCUUUUUUAUUUAUUGGACAACCCGGGACAAUAACCUGUCUAUUCCAGCAAGCAGCUUUUGGCUUCGUAUUCUCAGCAGUGGUUUCUUGCAUCUUGGCCAAAAACAUCACAGUCAUUGUGGCUUUCAUGGCCACCAAACCAGGCUCCAGCUUGAGAAAGUGGAUGGGAAAAAAAUUGGGCAGAUGUAUCAUUCUUUCUUGCUCCCUUUUUCAAGCAACUAUCUGUGUAGUAUGGUUGGUCAUCUCUCCUCCUUUCCCAGAUCUGGACCAUAACACUCUAAUCACUGAAAUUAUAGCUGAAUGCAAUGAAGGUUCUUCCAACAUGUUUUAUCUUGUCUUGGGUUACUUGGGCCUUUUGUCCAUCAUCAGUUUCAUGGUGGCUUUCCAAACUAGGAAGUUGCCGGAUAACUUCAAUGAAGCCAAGUUUAUCACCUUCAGCAUGCUGAUUUUUUGUGCUGUUUGGUUUUCCUUCAUUCCAGCCUACCUGAGCAUCAAAGGGAAGUAUAUGAUAGCUGUGGAGAUCUUCUCCAUUUUAGCUUCCACUUUUGGACUACUGGGUUGUAUAUUUUUCCCCAAAUUUUACAUUAUUGUGCUGAGACCUGAGUUGAAUUCCAAGGAGCACUUAAUAAAAACAAAGACUUAA